CGGGCGAUUCCUUCAACCCGGAGAUCCGCCUCCCGGUGGCGUGCUCCCCAAGAGGGGGCCUUCUGCGCUAGCCCCCUCCCCCCCGGCCGCGGGGCCGAAGGAUCGCGGACCGGGCUGCCUCCCCAGCUCAGUCUCCUCCCCACGCGCCCCCUCUCCGCCGCGCCGGCCAGCGCGGGCUGCGUCCCCGGCACUGCCCCCCGCCCGCGCCCGAGCCCGAGCCCGAGCCCGAGCCGCCGCGCCGCCGCAGGCUGCGGGAGCAGCGCCGCUCGUGCUCCCGCCUCGCCCGUGCUCCCGCCUCGCCCGUGCUCCCGACGCGCCCCGGCCCCGCUCGCCCCGGCUCCCCGCUCCCCGCGCGCGGACCAUGGAGUGAGGGGGCGGGCGGCCCCGCGACGCGCUCCCGCAGCCGGCGAGGCCGGAGCCAGCCCGGGUGGCCUCGCCAGCCGGCGGAGUUGGCCAGCGGCGGGCCCUCCUCCCGCCGGUCCUUCCCCGCUCCUCCUCCUAGGCCGCCGCCGCCCCCGCCUCCCGGCCGCCCCCGCCGCCCCCGCCGCGCCGCCGCCCGAGGCCGAGCGCGGACGCCGAGCGUGGGAGCCAUGGCGCGCGAGGAGGAGAGGGACCCCGAGCGCCGGGAGGCGGCGGCGCGGGCCAGCGGCGAGGAGGAGGAGGAGGAGGGCGAAGAGGGACUGAGCGACAGCGACGACGAGGACGAAGACGACGAGCCCGGCAGCGGCGGGGAAGAGGAAGAGGAGGCGGCGGCGGCCGAGCGGGAGCGCAGCGAGGACGCGCGGCUGCAGCGCGCAGGGUUGCCUCCCGCCGCCGUCCCCGCCGCGGCCGCCCGCGACAGGAGCGGCCGCCGCCUGCCGGGGCCGCUGCCCUGCCGCCCGAGGAUGCCGUCGCCCGACGACGAGGACCGCGAGCGUCGCCGGAGCCGCCGGAGGGACCUUCUGCUGAGCCAGCUCUGCUUCCUGGCCUUGGUGGCGCUGCUGCUCUGGUCGCUGUCGAGCAUGCAAGAGCAUAAUGACCUCGACUUCAUGGACCUCCUAGGAGAAGACCGACAGUGGACGGUGGGGAGGAAGUUAAUGCAGGUGAAUGACACUCUGACUUCAGAAGAUGCAGGACUCCGAAGCAGUAAGAACUGCACCGAACCAGCCCUGCACGAAUUCCCCAAUGACAUCUUCACCAAUGAGGAUCGAAGACAGGGGGCGGUGGUUCUCCAUGUGCUCUGCGCCAUGUACAUGUUCUAUGCGCUAGCCAUUGUGUGUGACGACUUCUUCGUCCCCUCCUUGGAAAAGAUCUGUGAGCGCCUGCACCUCAGUGAAGAUGUGGCCGGGGCCACGUUCAUGGCAGCAGGCAGUUCGGCCCCAGAGCUGUUCACAUCCGUCAUAGGGGUCUUCAUCACCAAGGGUGAUGUGGGAGUCGGGACCAUCGUGGGCUCCGCGGUGUUCAACAUCCUGUGCAUCAUCGGUGUCUGUGGGCUCUUUGCUGGGCAGGUUGUGGCUCUUUCCUCCUGGUGCCUGCUGAGGGAUUCAAUCUACUACACGCUGUCUGUGGUGGCACUCAUCGUGUUCAUUUAUGACGAACAAGUUUCCUGGUGGGAGUCUUUAGUCCUCGUGCUGAUGUAUCUCAUCUAUAUCGUCAUCAUGAAAUAUAACGCUUGCAUCCAUCAGUGCUUCGAAAGGAGGACAAAAGGUGCUGGAAACAUGGUCAACGGCUUGGCCAACAAUGCUGAAAUUGACGACAGCAGCAACUGCGACGCAACUGUGGUGCUACUCAAGAAAGCCAAUUUCCACCGCAAAGCGUCAGUGAUUAUGGUAGACGAGCUGCUGUCAGCCUACCCUCACCAGCUUUCUUUCUCUGAGGCUGGACUUCGAAUUAUGAUCACCAGCCACUUUCCCCCCAAGACCCGACUCUCCAUGGCCAGUCGCAUGUUGAUCAAUGAGAGACAAAGACUGAUAAACAGUAGGGCCUAUGCCAAUGGAGAAUCCGAGGUGGCCAUCAAAAUCCCAAUUAAGCACACCGUGGAGAAUGGGACAGGGCCCAGCAGUGCCCCAGACAGAGGCGUGAAUGGGACUCGGAGGGAUGAUGUUGUGGCCGAGGCUGGUAACGAGACAGAGAAUGAGAAUGAGGACAAUGAGAACAACGAGAAUGACGAAGAGGAAGAGGAGGAUGAGGAUGAUGACGAAGGACCGUACACGCCAUUCGACCUCCCCUCUGGAAAACUGGAAACAGUGAAGUGGGCGUUCACCUGGCCACUGAGUUUUGUUUUAUACUUCACUGUACCCAACUGCAACAAACCCCGCUGGGAAAAAUGGUUUAUGGUGACAUUUGCUUCUUCCACGUUGUGGAUAGCAGCCUUCUCCUACAUGAUGGUGUGGAUGGUCACAAUCAUUGGAUACACACUGGGGAUUCCUGAUGUCAUCAUGGGGAUUACCUUCCUGGCAGCUGGAACCAGUGUGCCCGAUUGCAUGGCCAGCCUCAUCGUCGCCAGACAAGGCAUGGGAGACAUGGCCGUGUCCAACUCUAUUGGGAGCAACGUGUUUGAUAUCCUCAUCGGCCUUGGUCUCCCAUGGGCCCUGCAGACUCUGGCUGUGGAUUAUGGAUCCUACAUUCGGCUAAACAGCAGAGGACUCAUCUACUCCGUGGGCUUACUCCUGGCCUCCGUCUUUGUCACGGUGUUUGGCGUUCACUUGAACAAGUGGCAGCUGGACAAGAAGCUCGGGUGCGGAUGCCUUUUCCUGUACGGCGUAUUCCUGUGCUUCUCCAUCAUGACGGAGUUCAACGUGUUCACGUUUGUGAACUUGCCCAUGUGCGGGGACCACUGACCCGGCCGGCCGCCCGCCGAGCCUUGGGCCUCCUUUUCUGUGCAAUACAAGAUCCAGCCGCACCCCGAGUCACGCGGGCCCCACCCGGGGCCGGGGCCUCCGGCUCUCCCGCGCUGGUCACAGGCCUCUGCUCCUGCCUCGGUGGCCCAGGCUGUCCCCUCCCCUCCCUGCUCCCCCUCCUCCUCCCUGGUUUCCUCCCACCCACCCCUUCCUGUCUCCUCCGUGUGAAGACUCUGACAUCCGCGUGAAUUUUCAAGCUCCAUUUUUGAACAGUGACUGAGAUUCUAGGAAAAAAACAAAAAACAAAAACAAAAACAAAACUGGCUGCUAACUGGCCCAAGCCAGGCAAAACUUAUUACAAUCCCUCCUCCUUUUUUAAGUUAUUGGAUGGAAGACAAACCUAAUUUAUGACCUGAGACUGUCAAAGGAAUAGAGAGGAGAAGAGGGUAUAUCGAUGCUAGGGAGUGUUCGGGAUUUCAUUAUGUUUUGAGGUAAUGCCUAAGUGACUGGGUUUGGGGAGGUUGUUUUACUUGGGGGGGGGCUUCCCCCUUUUCUUCCUUUUCUUCCAGAGACGGAGAGCUUCUCUUAAAUCUUCUUUCACUGGGCUCUGGAUUAACAGACGAUCCACAGGUUGUCCCUGCCAUGUGUUCUGGGAUCAUAUCCCAGGCAUGGUAGAAUAUGCAUGGAUUUGGCACUUAGUAGAGGAACACGUGGGCGGGGCCACCAAGAACACAUGCGUGAUGUUUCAUAUCCGUGGACGCCUCCCGGAAGUCCUGUAGGCGUUACCUAGGGGGCACGAGGCUUUCAAGGAAGAAGACAGCUUCCCCCAUAGCCAUUAGGAUCAUCUUUUUCUCACUAGGUUCCUUCUAGUCUCUCAAGCAAUAGUUCUAGCCUGCCUGAGGCCUUUGGAUGAGGGGCCCUGGUUACACUCCCCAUCCGUGGGGUGCCAGGCAGUCAGCACCAGAAGCUUCCCAGCCCGUGAGUCCCUGAGAUGCGCGCUCGUCGCUUGGUAUUUGGGGUGACAGGGAGUGACCCAGAGGCCACCACUGCUUUUCGUGCAGGAGUUACAGACACUGGUUUCUUGGAAAAUGGAGAGAAGCACACUUUGCACAGACGUCGUCACUAAAGUCCCGAUUUGCCACUCGGUAUUGAGUACACUGGACCCUGACAGCUGGCUCUUGGGCCAGCGUCCUUCCUCAUGGGACGCCUCCACCAAGCUGCCCCAGCUCCACCCCUCCCAUCCUGGAGGAUGGCCAGGGAAGGAGAAAACAGAGAACUGACUGACACCUUUGGAACCACAGAAUGUGUUCAAUGCAAGACUCGCUCAAGGGCAUAAAUUAUUGUGAACAUUGUUGCCAAUCACUGCUCAACAGCCCUGCUAGAUUUUGUAUGAUGCUGGAUUAUUAUGCAGACUAAUUCCACCGAGUUGAGACCCACCCAUGCUUGUUACACUUGUAUUUAUUGAAACUGUGGAUUCUUGCCCCUGCUGCCCCCUGUAUUUACUUUAAGCACUGAUCACUUAUCAUUCAUUCAGUAUGGUUUUCCCCCCGUCCCUUCUACACAUUCUGGUGUGAAUUGUAAAAAUAACCUGCUACAAAUGAGUUGAAUGUUUCUGUCAAUGGUGCAAACCAAGGCCAGCGUUAGCCGAUGGGGCACCUGCCCGAAGGAGGAACGGGAGAGGAAAUCACCAAUUUGGGCUCUCAGAGCUAAGACACACGUAUUGAUUCUGUUGCACAUUUUGCACUGGUUUAUGGAGAUUGUUUUCUUGGACGGAUAGUGUAAAAUAAACUUCUCUGU